UUUAUUCUGUACCUCGUCUAUUAUAUUACAAAAAAAUAACUAUUUAGAUCAAAUUUUUCAUAAUUCUAUCCUUUUAUAUAUUAGGCCAUAGUAAUGUAGAAAUAACUUUUUUUUUUUUAAAUAAAUGUAACUCUUCUUAGAAACCCUGUCUUAUUACAAACUAAAACUUACCAGUUACAGAAAUCUAGGAACUUUUUGAUAUUUGAUGGUUGUGGCAGAAUGGUUGUAACCAUAAAGAAAUGCUCAUUACAAACUAAUAUGUAAUAAUAAUUACCUUGUUUUUUAUUUAUAUUACAAAAUGUCAGAAUUCGGUGAUUUAAUAAAUGCUGUUGCAUGCUUGAAUAAAAGUGUUUCCAAUUUUCCAAUUGGAGCGAUAUCGAUAGAAGAUUUUAAACCAGUUGAAGAAAAAAUUACAGCCACACGAGAAUUAUUGAAGUGUCUAAAUGCCAAGUUAUUGAUACUUAAAGCACAACAUGAUUUUUAUACAGCAACUGAAGAACCAGUGGAAGAUCUAAGAGACACAGUAACAAAUUUGCAUGAAGCAACAGCGAGUUCUCUUAUAACUAAUACAGCGAUUAAACUAUGUCUUCAUUCCCAUAGCAUUCAAGCUAUUUUGGAAGGCAAAGAAGGUAACAGUGAUAUGCAAAGAAAAAUUUAUGCAUAUAUGCGUAAGCUUUUUAGUUUGAACGACAAUAUUUUAAUAAUACAAAAGGAAAUAGACAAUGCGAUAAAGGAGCAGUUAGAAUUAAAAAUUCAAUGUCGCAAUGCAUUGUUUGAGCACAAACAAUUUUUGAAGGAACAGGAGGAAAUAUGCAACAAAAAACUAAAAGAAAUGAACCCUGAGUUAGCAAUAAAUAAGGAAAAAAUAAAUAGAACUAUAAGAAAGAUUAAUAUAAUGAAAAAAUUAAUUGUAAAUUUUAUUGCUGCUUCUAAUCAUAUGUUAUAUAAAGAUCCAUUUUUUGUAAAAAUGCUAGAAGAACAUAGAGAGCUAGUUAAUAUUGAAACAGUGCUAAAAAUGUGUCAAAGUAAUUUUGAGAGCAAAGAAAAUAAAAGCAGCUAAAUAUUUAAAAGAAUAAUAUUUAUGUAACAUUUUAUAUCAUUUAUUACUUUUGUACUUUAGCUUGUACUAUAUUUUUUAUGCAACAAUAUUUCAAUUAAGAACAAGAUUUCAAAUAAAACAUACUACAGUACUUUUUAAAUAAAACACUUUUGCUAUUAUUAGGUACAAACUUUUUUGUUAAUGUAAUGUAAAUACUAAGAUCAUUGUAAAGGAUGAAGAAACUUUAAAGCACAUCGUGUAUCAUUUUCUUUUGUUUUA